AUGGCCCUUGAAGCGUCGGCGAACUACAGUCCAAUCCCGGUGAGAGACGACGACGACGGCACGGGCGACGAACAGAGACUUGUCCAAGAGGCGGCACACAACGACAUUCACCACGAUGCUCCCAGUCACCAGCGACAUGAGUCGGAAUCAACAGACGUGCCUGUCAUUGAGAUAUCUCCACCCCCUUCACCUCCGUCACCUUUUUUACCUCCUACAAGGCUCAACACCGAGCAGUCCGAUCAUGUUCCUGUGCCCCAGACACCUCCGCGGCACAAUACACAACCAGCCGCACAAUCGCCCGAGAAGCGGAGGCAUUCGAGUCAGAGUGGAUGGAGGGAACGCAUCUACAGUUCCAUCACGCCCUCACUUCACGAAGUCCUGGAGCUGAAAUACUCCCUUCACAAUACUUCGAGAGAGUAUAGACACGACAAACAACGAAAGCGGCUUUUGCGACUGACCAUUGGUGAAUGGGUCAACAGCCUGAUCCUCUGCGUCGUAUACUUUGGCAUCCUCUAUGCCUAUUCCAAGAAGUUGACCAUCAGCGUACCCCAACGCCGAGAGUUCAACGCCCUCACCACCGGCGUCUCCCUUCUUCUCGGGGUCAACUUGGCGGCAUCGUUGCGCAGCUACGCGAAGCUCCUCCGCUGGCGAAUCCUGGCGGCGUGUUACCGACCGCUCGAGACUUUCGAUCUCGUCAUGGGCUGCGACAGUCUCAUGAACGUCAUCAAGCUCCUCUGGAAGGCGCGGAAUCGGGAACGCCGAUAUCUGCCGUCGAGGACUCAGGUUCUUUGUGUGCUGUGGCUCCUGGUCCACCUGGCCGUCACCGUCCUGGUGGGCAUCAUCGGUCUGAACUACAACUUAGACACGUCGAACGAUUACGUCCUCACGCGGAAAGGGGACACGAGCAUCGUCGACCUGAACGCGCUUUCCACGGGCGACUAUCCGGCCGACCUGGCCGCCACGCAAGAAUGGGGUGUCCGCGGAGAAACCGCAACUGUGCUGAAUUAUAACAGCGACGUUGUCGAGUCUAUGCAGAGCUACUUCUCGUCCUCGGAUGGGUAUACAUACUACUACUUCCAGGACCAGAACGCGGACGACUCGGACCAGGUGAUCGUGUCAACCCGGUACAUCGAGUCCCAGGCUUACUGCCAAAGCUACGACGUCAUCCAAGGAGUGUAUGGGAACCUCUCAUACAUUGUCUAUCAUGACGGCGACAAACAUGUCAACAAGUCCCUUCCAGCGAGUCCGGGGCCAGGCGGCCUCCUGACAAUGUCAAAGUUAAACUCGACCUGCGGUUCAGGGUGUGUGGAAAUCCACACUUUCCAAGCUGCUGCGUACCCGGACGGCGGAAUUUACGAUGACGGAAUCGGGACGUAUUUCGUCUGCAAUAAUACUGUGCCUCAGGUCGGGGACGCCUACAACGAAGUCACGAUCGACUAUGAAAUAUAUGCCAUCGUGGGCAGGAUGCUCGCGGGGGCGAUCGGGUGGAGCGACAACCCUCCGACGGCCGACGGCCAGGAAGAGUACGCGGUGUACACGAACUCGUCGCAGGUGGGCUUUCUGGGGGCGGCCGGCCCGCUGGAGAUGGCGGACCUGAUCUCGUCCUUUACCAUGGGGGCCAUCUCCUUCAUGGACAACUCGCCGGCCAUGUGGCGCAAGACGGUGACGAGCACGCGGCAGCCCAUCGCCGCACAGGUCCUCAAGGUGACGUGGCGGUACGCGGGCACCAUCCUGGCCGUCAUCCCCUUUAUCCACUUUUGCACGCUGGUCGCCGUCAUCCUGUGGGCCAACAAGGCCAUCAUCAAGGACGACAGCCACCUCGCCAUCGCAAAGGUCUACCACACCCUGCUCGCCCAGCUGGGCGACCGCGGCUGUCUGCUCCGCGGCGACGAGCUCGUCUCCGUCCUCGGCAAUCCCCACGUUGCGUACGGUUGGCAGGCCAGCAGCGAAUCCGACGGCGCCAUGCACGUCGACGUCUUCCAGGGCUUGAUGAGGGUGGAGAAGGUCUUUGCAGAAGGCAUGUACGACGGGAGCAGCAAGGUGAAUGAUAAUAGCAACACCACCACUAUGACCACCACCGUGCAUAAAGGGCAGCACAAGGGUUUACGCAAUCGUUAUCGGGACAUCGACGCGGCGGAUUACUUCUGA